AUGAGUGAAGUUCUUGGCAUUGUCGCGAGCGGAAUCGCGAUAGCUCAGCUUGCUCAGGCUACGGGAAGUGCUGUUCUAAAGCUCAAGCAGCUCUGGAACGAAGUCGAAGAUACCGAAAACAUUAUACAAGACCUGAUAGACCAAAUUGACUGCCUUGACCCUGCGUUGUGGGAGGCAGAGCAGAUAUUCAACCAGAACAUUCUUCCCUCCCAUGUCUGGGACGGUACAGCGGCAAAGAAAAGCGCCAAAUAUUGCCGUAUUGCUCUACAGAAGUUAACAGGCAUCGUAACCGAUUUGUCCGCCCAGAUAGAUUCGGCAAAGCGGCGCCAGAAGAAGCUCGGCAUCGUGAAGGCUGUCCUGAAAAGGAAGCAAUUGGGAGCUAUAGAGAAUAGGUUGGCGAACGCAGUAAGAAUUCUACAUGUAGCGCAAAAUAGCUACCUAAUCCCUCUCGACUCUUCUUCCCAGACGAUUAAAGUAACAAGUUGCAGAGCGCAAAACACGGUGAAGCCCGAUCUCAUAGCUGCUAAGGUUGUUUCUCUGCUCAAUGCGAGCUCUAGCCGCCAGGAACUCGCUCUCAUAGACCAAGAUCAGAGCACAGGUUGUUGUCACAAUGAAGACGGCGAUCCCACUGACAAUCCUCCUCGGCUCCGGGCAGAAAUAUCCCAGGCGCGGGUCAACGGAACUGGGCCGUGGAAGACGACGUCAACCACUGAAAGACUGGCUUUGGAGCGCGCGUAUAACAGCCAUGUUGUGGAAUUCCAUCCUCCAUUGUGGCUCGCUGGCUGGAUGCAUUCUUGGGACUUGAACGUUCGCAGGUCAUACGCUGGCUGGGAUGCGAAUCUUCGCAUCUAUUCCAUCAGGCCACGUGGCUCAGAAUGUUUCCAGGCUACGCAACGAGGGGAUAUCCAUCAGCUCAAGAAGUUGAUGAUGACUAGAGAAGCGAUGCCCCACGAUCGGGACGAUCUCGGCUGGACGUUAUUGCAUUAUGCAGCGCAUAGCAUGAAUGGGGAAAUGGUCAAAUUUCUGCUCGGAUUAGAUGUUAGCCCCAAUGAGACCAACAACUCUGGCAUGAUCCCGGUAGAUUUCAUAUUCAAGUGGACUACAUUCUAUACCGUACCCUCAACGACAAAAUUACUUAAGUUUGUCAAUGACAUCUCAGAUACUGGAUUUAUCCCAGAUGUCGGACCUGACGUUGAAAUCGAUCAACAAGCUUGCAACUGCCCGAUUACGCCAAUUUGGGAGCAGUUUCAAGCGAUGCAGCCGCUGGCUUGUCCUGGGCACAUUCAAACUAGUCUCUCAUCCCGACUGGCCAAAGCGCGUGAGCUUGUUCCUUGUCCGAGCACGAUCGAAUAUAUGAUGUUUUUAUUGGGUCCUGAGUGGUCCGAGGGCCCACAAGUAGUGUGCAAUACGGUGGAUACAGAAGCAUCCCUGAUACAUACGGCCUCAGAUAUAAUAGUUAGGCUUGAGGAGAACAUGGUUCGCAGACAAUUACCGGAGGCUGAAUUCCCCAGAUGGAUUUCUUUUGCCAGAGAAGUCAUUCGGAACUGUCAGGACCUUCAUGUACUUGAAGGUCCGAAAUCGUGGGAGACGCAGUUUAUGCCUUUUACGCCGCAUGAGAACUGCACAUUUACUCCACUUGUUCGCAUUAUUUGCAACUACACUGUUAUACACGGCCCAAGCUGUUGCAUGAAGGCCAUUCGAACUUGGCUCCGUAUGUUGAAACAGACUGGUAUCGACCUCUGUAGGUAUGGGCACCGCGAGAACCAGCUACUCCAUGACCAUCAUCAACAGAUAAAGAGAUCUUUCGUGUGGCACGUUAAAUUGCGCUAUUCCGGGCGUCGUCCUGAUGGGACGUGGCAUCUUCUGGGCUUCAAGUUUGGUCCAGAAGUGGAAGAUUGGGAUAUAUGGUGGGACGAACCUACAGACGAAUUUGCUGGGGACUUCUGGGCACUGGUUGAAGACCCGCCUCUCCACAUUCCGGGGGAAUGGGUUGAGACAGACCCUUGA